UUAGGUGAUACAAUUCGUUGUUUGGACGAUCUAUUUCUCAGCUCGCCUAAUGCUCUUUUAAAAUAUAGUCGAGAAACGCAGGCCUAUCUCUACAUGGCUCGAAUGAUCCUGGCCGAGACCAACCAACGCCCAAAAUACAGCUUCCCUGCUAUCCAUCGCCUUUAUCCGUCCGAGUGGUGGCCUAGAUUUUCUUGCCUCCAUCCAAGAUGCUGCUCAAAGAGAAAAGAAUCCGAAGAUUGUGAGACCUUGUUACCUCUGCAUGUCGAGGCCUCUGAAACGUGUGAUUAUAUUCCGUCUUCUUUCUCCCAAACAACCACUGUUCCGCUCUCGGAUGCCGCCUUACAGGCACGUGUCUCGACUGAACGAGCUGGCGCGGAUAACCCUCAUACUUCUUGCCUAGCUGGUGCUGCCUCUGCAGACUUAAAUAGUGAAAAGAAUCCAUCGCCAACCAAAGGUUAG